UGCACACGCUUGGUUCAGGCCGGACGGGACAGAGAGCCCGGGAGGAGCUGCAGGGGACGGGGGCACCGGAGGGACCGGCAGAGAGGACCUCUUUAGAAGGGUUUGCGGAACCUGUGGCCAUUGUGUAUCCUCUUAAGCUAUCAACAGCUGGAGGCCACCUUGUUAUUCAAGCUCCGAAAUAGAACCAAGAGCUUACACGUGACGGCUACAGAGUCAAUAAUGAAAUGUGAUUUGAAGUUUGGCAGAUGAUGGAACUGGUGCCAUGUCUUUGGGUCGGCUCUUGCGUCGUGCGUCCUCCAAGGCCUCCGACCUCCUGACGCUCGGCUCUGGAGGAGGAACAUCCUCAGUGCUGGACGGAGAGAUCAUAUUCUCUAAGAACAAUGUGUGUGUGCACCCCCCGGAACUGCUGCAAGAUGUGGGGUCUCAUCACCCAGGUUACAUGUGUGUGUACAUGGAAAAAGAUGAGUUUUUGGGAACCACCUUGAUCCUCGCUUGGGUUCCUAACUCUCGUAUCCAGCGUCAGGAUGAAGAGGCGCUCCGUUACAUCACACCAGAAAGUUCUCCGGUCCGCCGGGCGCCACGCAAAAGAAACAGACACCCUCCGGGAGCCGCUGCCUCCACGCAAAACAAGGCAGUGGUGGGUCUCAAAGAAAGCGCCGCAGAGACCACCACAGCCAGGGACGCAGACUCUCAAGCAGAGAAGAACCUAUCUGAGGGUUCUACAGAAGAAGUCACGGAACAGGUGGAGGAGGAGAGGUCUCUGGACCUCUCUUCUGAUGAAGUGAGCAAGGACAGUACUUUGGACUCUGAUUCUGAUGCCUUCUCCUCGCCCUUCUGCCUCUCCCCCAUUAGCGAGGCUCUGGGAGAGAGCAGCGGCUCGGUAUUUUUGGAAAGCGAGAACCGGGACGACGCCGACAGUCACGAGACCAGUUUUACCCCGUCCAGCCUGAAUGCCAACUCCCAGUUCAGGGACGUGAACGGCCAGGGAGGAACCGCGAGGUGGGAAGAGCAGCAGAAGCUCUUGGCUCUGGAGCAGACAUGCGGAGUUUUCCGCGUGGACCUGGGUCAGAUGCGCUCACUGCGUUUCUUCUUCAGCGACGACGCCUGCACCAGUGGGCAAUUGGUGAUCGCCAGCAGGGAGAGUCAAUACAAAGUCUUCCAUUUCCACCAUGGCGGUCUGGGGAAGCUGUCAGAGGUGUUCCAGCAAUGGAAGUACUGCCGAGAGACUCACCUGAAGGAACAGGUGACAGAGGAGAAGACCUGUCUCCAUUUCUCCAUCCGAAGACCCAAUCUUCCCUCUUGUGAAUCCCACCCAGAGGAAGGCAUGUACCGACGUCUGGAUGUCGCCAGCUGGCUCCAGCAUUUCAACGAGUCUGGACAGGUGGAGGAAGAAUACAAGUUACGCAAAGCCAUAUUCUUUGGAGGGAUCGAGCCAUCCCUGAGGGGCGAGGUCUGGCCGUUUCUCUUGGGAUAUUACAACUGGGAGACCGCCUCCGAGGAGCGCGAAGCCCUUCGGGUUCAAAGGAGGGACGAAUAUUCUCAAAUUCAGAUGAAGAGGGUUUCCAUGAGUCCCGAUUCCCAGAAGAACUUCUGGAGGAAUGUCCAGUUUACUGUCGAUAAAGAUGUGGUGAGGACGGAUCGUAGCAACCAAUUCUUCAGAGGAGAGGACAACCCCAAUGUGGAGGCCAUGAGGAGGAUCUUGCUGAAUUAUGCUGUGUACAGCCCCGGAGUGGGGUAUUCCCAAGGAAUGUCUGACUUGGUGGCCCCGUUGCUCGCUGAGGUCCUGGAUGAGUCAGACACGUUCUGGUGUUUUGUCGGCCUGAUGCAGAAUACAAUCUUUAUCAGUUCCCCUUGUGAUGAGGACAUGGAGAAGCAACUGCUGUACCUCCGAGAACUACUUCGCCUCAUGUACCCCCGGUUCUACCAGCACCUGCUGUCUCUGGGAGAGGACGGACUCCAAAUGCUGUUCUGCCAUCGCUGGAUCCUACUCUGCUUCAAAAGAGAAUUUUCGGAUUCAGAGGCCCUGAGGAUGUGGGAGGCUUGCUGGGCUCACUAUCAGACGGAUUAUUUCCACCUCUUUCUCUGCGUUGCUAUCAUGGUUCUGUACGGAGAUGAUGUUAUCGAGCAACAGCUGCCAACCGACCAGAUGUUGUUGCAUUUCAGUAACCUGGCCAUGCAUAUGAAUGGGGAGCUGGUUCUCCGAAAGGCUCGGAGUUUGCUCUACCAGUACCGGCUCUUACCCAAAAUCCCUUGCAGUCUUCACGACCUUUGCAAGCUGUGCGGUUCGGGCAUGUGGGACAGUGGCUACAUUCCUACCGUGGAGUGCACAGGCCAGCACUCCGAGUCGGAAAGCUGCCCCUAUGGAGGCACCGUGGAGGAAACGUCACCAAAAACUCCCAAAGACAGCAAGCGAGGACCUAAACCACUUGAUGUAUUCACCUUCAGGAAGUAGGGACCUUUAGUGGCUCAGUAGGGAUCUUUAGAAGCUAUUGCGGGCAAAGCUACGGAACCUUG